AUGAUCAACGUAAGCACAUGUGAAAAUGGGCUUCCAGCGUUCACGUUGGCGGAGAAGAUAGUUUUAUCCACUUGGUAUGGACUCGCAGGAAUGGCAGCUAUGACUGGUAACGCAGUUGUAUUGUGUUUAAUAUAUAGAAUUCCUUCGUUGAGAACCACUUCGAACUUUUUUAUAUCCUCGCUGGCGGUAGCGGACCUUUUAGUAGGACUAGUUAUAGCUCCAGUGUGGAUCGUUCUCAGAUGUUGGUACACGGAUGUGCAAAACUAUGGCGAAGCUAUUGACUUCCUUUGGAUUCACACAACGGUGGCUACUACAUUUAACUUAUUGUGUGUCAGUCUGGAUCGAAAUGUUGCUAUAUUCUAUCCUCUACGCUACCAAAACAUUCUCUCUAAAAGAAGGUGUUUUUCAGCAAUAGCAAUAGUUUGGCUUAUGUCCCUGUGUCUUCCCUGCUCGAGGUUCUUGGUAGAUGAUAGCUCAGGCAAUCUGGCCUUAUGGAUGUCAGUUUCAGUGAUUACUAUCUUAGUGCCCAUGAUUAUCAUUUUGCUUUGUUCCGCUCGGAUUUUGAAAGCCACAAACAGACAAUUGAACAGAAUAAUUCAUAUGAACAGUUUGCCUCAUAACCAAGCUAAGGUUAAAAGAGCCAAAACGAACACCAAGGCUUCCAAGACUCUAUUCAUAAUAGUAGGGCUGUUUGUAGUCUCCUGGUUACCAAGUUUAGUCACAUCGUUUCUAAAUUAUUUUACUCAGUCCGGUUACUGCGGUCUCCUUUCCUACUACAACACAGUGUGGUUAUGGGUAGAAGCGGUUGCAUUCACUUCCUCGGGAAUUAACCCAUGGGUAUACUGCUUGCGAAAUAAUGAAUUUUAUCAACAUUUAAGUCGUCAUUUUGGAUGGAAUCGAAAUAGGAUGCAACCGAAACCGUGUACACCGCCUAACGUGGGGAUAUCUAAUGGUGGGGGUUGUGACGGAGGUGAGCGCUGUGUAGAGAUGGAAUUGUAAUGAUUAAACGAUCAACAUAGAAGAGAUAAAAGACAAAGGAUUGUAACACUUAGCUUGAAUAUCAGUGGUACUGAUGAGUGGUAAUUGUGCUUAACUUUCGUUUAUUCCCCAAGGCUCAAUGGAAUUGGUGGAGGUGCUAGGAUGCUUUACAGGACAAAUCUUAAAGCUCAGCAACUGAACGCAGAUCCCCACAAAUCAUUUGAAUUUAAAGAACUAUUGCUUCACUCUCACUGACAAUUGUCAGUAUUACACGUAUUAUUAUUGUUUACCGUCCUCCUAUUUCUGUGAAGAAUGGUCUUACGCAUGCCGCUUUUUUUUAUGAAUUUUCCGUGCUACUGGAACUCCUAGUGUUCUCUCCUGCAAAUUUAUUCUUAAAUGGAGAUUUCAAUUUCCAUGUUAAUGAUCCAUCUGACAGCACCUCAAGUCAAUUCCUGGACCUCUUAAAUUGUUUUAAUCUGGAUAUUUGCAAUCUUUGUACUCCAAAACACAAGAACAAUAAUGUUCUAGAUCUUAUUAUCAUAAGAUCAGGUGAAACAUCCGUCUCAAUUAAAUUUAUCGGUUCACGAUCCUGUCAUUUCUGAUCACUUUGCAGUUCACUGCAGCCUGGCUAUCAUCACAUCGCGCAGAAUGCCUGGACAUCAUUAAUUAUUCAUAGUCAUCGAAGCGGCAAAUUUGAAUGCGAGCGUCCUUUGAAUAGCCCAGAAUUAGAAGAGAAAGAGCCCAAAUUGGUCGAGUAGGGCUAGUAAAAUAUGCUUUUCUGUUUUUCAGAAGUUUUAAUCUUAACUUUCACGCACGGCGUUUUGUAAAGCAUAUGAUGUAUCAACACUUUAAGCCUUAAACGAAGGAAUAUAAGGAAGUAUGUAAACACUGUUUUUUUAAACCCGAAAAUUCGGAAAAAUCGGUCGUUUUCAGUAUGGACGUCACUUUUGACAGCGAUUUUCUGAACAUUUUCACCAGCUUUCAUAUUUUCAAGCGCGGUAAAAGAAAGAUGGUGCCUUUCUAGAACCUGAGAAUCCGUUUUAAUUUUCAAAAUCGGUAAACGAGAACCACUCGAUGAUCGAUGCGCUCUCAUUCACAAGAGACUUAAAGGAAACACUCCUAAUUGUGUGAAUGAACUUCUAGUUACAAUUCUAACAUGCAUAUGAAGAAUACAAGUUAUUUUGUUUUAAAUUUGCUUUGUCCUAGAUAUAAUUAUGCCACGCAGAAAAAGGACUUAGUUUUAACAUAUAUAAUUUUUGCAUCAUAACUUAUCACGAUAUUGUAUUUUAAUCUGUAUCUAUAUCAUUUUCAAUACAUUUUAAUGACUUACGUUUAUAAUAGGCAGAAUCAGUGUAACUAUUUUUAAUUUUUCGAGGGCCACUGGGUUAUAAGUUGUUAAUACUGUCAUGUGCUUCGCUCGCUAAAUAAAGUCACCAAGGGUGUAAACGUGAGUCGGAUAGUCAUUCGAGCUUUGUUACCUAAAUAUAUUUCUUUAAUAAUAAAUGGAGAAGAAAAGAAUCAUUCUGUGUUCGAAACCUACAUUUUUAGUCGCAAAUGACCAAUGCUCCCGGAAUGUAUGCAGUCAUCCGUCUCAAACAAACUGGAUUUGACAAUUUUUCAGGGAGACAAUGUUGCCGCCUUUGCCGGGAGCAUGUGCUCUCAGCGCAAUCGCUUCGGCCCCUGCUAGCAUCGUAAAGUGUUAAUUACUUCUUUGACCACAACCACACCUCUGGGUUAUUAAAUAUUUCCGCAAUACAUGUUCAGUAUGGAAUCUAGGCAUUUGCUAAAUUUAAGCGUCCAGAAUGCAUUAGAUUGCAUCUCAAAAAUUUUCCCGGGGUAGCAUGUCCCCCAAAAUUCCCUAGAAAAGUGCGCCGUUCGCAGUCCUGAUGGCGCUCUUGCGCCCAUAUUGCCACUUUAUACUAUUAAACAAUUAUUCCUCGAGCCCAAAUGGGCUCAUGAGGCCGAAGGCCGAAUGGGGUAUUGACUCAGAGGCCAUGAGGGCGAGAGAAAUAAUUCUUUAGUAAAAUCCAACUAGUUGGUCAAAAAUAUCGAGACAAAACAACUUUAGCUAGCAAAACGCGACGCAAAAGCCAUUGUUUUGCCUGCGCUUUUCGCUACUAGUGGGAUAUAACAUAUAGCCUAGUAGUAGCUCAACCAAUCAGAACGCAGCGUUGAUAAUAGACCACUAGUUGGAUUUUACUAAAUCUCUGUAGGCCUCAUCUAUCAUAAAAUCCCUGCCGACUUACCAUCUCAUAUUCACAGCGCGCUUGUGGAACAAUUGUUGAUUAUCCAGUAGAAAUAAAAAUAUAUUCAUGUCGUUUUAUUGCAGCCAUUCCUACAUUUGCUCGUGUAUUUUUUAUUGAAGAAGCAGAAAGAAAUUACAUUUUCUUUUCCAUGCACAUAUGUAAAUAAUGUUAAUAGAUUUAAUGCUUAAUUCUGUACAUUAUUUAUGCACAUGAGGUACCUUGAUUAUAAUAUAGUAAGAUUUAAAGAAAAAAUGUGCGAAAAUCACGUUGUUAUGAACAAGAAAGAAUCUCGUUAUAAUUUAUGAGUUUUGGAUUCUUAAGCCCCAUAAAAUCAGUAAAAUAAUAACGUGAUCGACUAACACUCACACACAUGUACAAAUAUAAAUAGAUAUAAGACGUAUUCGUUUUAAGUAGUUGUCACUCAAAUCCCGCGGCUGUCUUAAGGCAAGUUAAACUUCCUAUGCCGAGUUGAUGACGGACCUGCGAAAAUUAAUUACUGAGAAACAAAGCAAUAAAAUAAAUGUAAAAGCGUUCUAAGGAAUGGAACUGCAAAGAUCGAAAAACAGUUAUCCAAAUAUUGUUCUGAGUUACAUUUUACCUCCACAUAAGCAAACAAACGUGCCUUGAAUAAAAUAGUUUGUCGUUAUAAAGCGCCUUAAAUAAUUUAUUGGUACUAUGUGCCAAUUUCAGCAUUUACCUUUCCAUUGCAGAAUUGAAUUGACAGAAGAAAAAAAUUAAAAUUCCUAAUUCAAAUGAUAAGAUUAAACAAAAAAAAGCAAAGGAGAGCCAAAAAGGAGCACGGAUUGUUUUCAUGUCAGGCCAUGGUUAUGUCAAAGUGUCUUUCUUUAGAUUUAUCAUUCAAAACUGAAAAUAUCGUGACUUAUGGAUCUUCUAUAAGUCAUAAGUUUAGCACUGUGGGUUGCUAAUUUGACAGAACAUCAAAAGCGUGCGUAAAUGGUAAUUUUAAAACUACUCAAAUAAACUGGACCUUGACCUGCGCGGGUAGUGCUACGAAUUUCAUUUAAAUACUCCACAGAUCACUGGUGAAAAUAGUUUUCCUGGUGCUGACCAGAGACGAUUUCUUUACUGAAGCUGCAAAUGUUUGAUGGCUGUUGCAAGCAUCUAACUUCCCUUGCAUUACCGACUGGCGAGGCAAAUUUUCCGGCAAAAAAUUGUAAAUCAUAAUUAAAAUCAAAUAGUUUAAGGUAAGUUUUAGCAAUGUUAGUACUGUCGGUUCUGAACAAAAUAAUACAAAUUAGAGAUAUAGCUAUUGACAGAAUCACAGUCAAACGACUGAGCUCGACAAUAGACGUGAGAAAUUUUAACUCCCCUCUACAAGUUACAGGGUACAAAAUAUAAGAUUUUAUGAUGAGGUAAUUGAUUAAAUUUCUUAUUAGCCUUCUUUUAAUUAUAACUGUUUCUCCAGAUUUUAUCUUCUUGUACUUUAUCAUUUCACUUCACCAUUGCAUUUUAUCAUCAUUUUAUCUCCUAUCUAGGCCCUACAGCUACUGAAAGAGCUACCGUUUUUCUGUGCAUGGUUUCAUUCAUUCACCCAUUUCUUUCCACAGAUAUUCAUUGCAUAUUAUAUAAAAGAACCAUUGUCGACUCUAAAGAGUAUAUACUAAUUUAACAUGGCAACAAAGAUCAUCAUGUCAACUUGGUGUGGUAUUCUAAGUUUGCAAGCGAUAGUUGGAAACUCGCUUGUAUUGUGGUUGAUAGCAAAGAACAAGUCACUAAGAACAAAUGCGAAUUUGUUCAUAACAUCACUAGCCGUGGCAGACCUAUUGGUAGGACUUAUCAUUGCUCCAGUAUGGAUCAUUUUUAGGUGUUCGCAAUCCAGCAAGGAUAAAUAUGAACACAAGUAUGCGUUUAGUAUUGACUAUCUUUGGAUUCAUACAACGGUUGCUACAACCUUUAACUUAUGCUGUGUGACGCUGGACAGGCAUAUUGCUAUUUUCCAUCCUCUACGAUACCAAAGCUUUCUUACUAAAAAACGGUGUUAUGUGGCAAUAGCCCUGGUAUGGUUAAUGUCCGUAGUCCUUCCUUGCUCGAGGUUCAUUGUUAUGAAGAGUUCGGCUAUAGUGUUAUUGUGGAUGUCAUUCACGGUCGUUACUGUUUUAAUACCAGUGAUGAUUAUUACAUUCAGUUCAAUUUUGAUUUUAAAAGCUGCUGCACGGCAGUGA